AUGAAAUUCUCCAAAACCACUCUGUCUUUUUUCUUGCUCUUCAUUUUAGUUUCUUCAUCAUAUGCGACUUCUCGCAUCACACAUCAACAACGAUUUUCAACGACAAAAUUUUCAUCAAAUCGACGAGCUGAACAGCUUAUAAGAAGCUUCAACUUAUUCCCAAAAGAUCCAGCUAAUAUACAUGGUGAAUACUCUAUUGAUGAUUUCGUCCCAGGAAAGAUCGUAGAAAAGACAUUUUCGUUUCUCGCUAGUUCUAAUGGAACUUCCGUUGAAGAUCUUGGUCACCAUGCUGGAUACUAUUCGCUUCCUCGUUCCAAAUCUGCAAGGAUGUUCUACUUUUUCUUUGAAUCAAGAAAUAGUGCUAAGGAUGCACCAGUUGUGAUAUGGUUGACCGGAGGUCCAGGUUGUGCAAGUGAAUUAGCUUUGUUUUAUGAGAAUGGACCUUUUAUAAUUAACAAUGAUUUGUCUCUUUCAUUGAAUGACUAUGGCUGGGACAAGGGAUCAAAUAUUAUUUUUGUUGAUCAACCCAUUGGGACAGGUUUUAGCUACAGUUCUGAUGAAAAUGAUAUUCCUACGGAUGGAUCUGGUGUUAGCAAUGACUUGUAUGCUUUCUUGCAGGCAUUUUUCAAGGAACACCCUGAAUUGGUUAAGAAUGAAUUUUAUAUUACUGGAGAAUCAUAUGCUGGACACUAUAUUCCAGCUCUCGCAUCCCGGGUUCACAAAGGAAACAAAAACAAAGAAGGAAUUAUUAUAAACUUCAAGGGUUUUGCUAUUGGUAAUGGAUUGACCAACCCGGAAAUUCAGUACCAAGCAUAUACUCAGUUUGCAGUUGAUAACAAACUGAUCACAAAGGAAGAUCAAGCAAAUAUCAACAAGUUGAUCCCAAAUUGUGUAGCUGCCACCAAAAAUUGUGAGAGUAAAGGUGGAGAAGGUUGUGAAACAGCCUUACAACAAUGUCAACCGAUAUUUACUAAUAUCCUAGACAUUGCUGGCAACAUUAAUUACUAUGACAUCAGAAAGAAAUGUGAAGGAGAAUUGUGUUAUGACUUCUCAAAUUUGGAGACAUUUUUAAAUAAGAAAACGGUUAGGGAUGCGUUGGGUGUUGGGGAAAUAGAGUUUGUUUCAUGCAGCAGUGCAGUGUAUAGUGCUUUGGUUCAAGAUUGGAUGAAAAACUAUGAAAAAGAUAUUCCAGCACUUCUUGAGGAUGGAAUCAAGGUUCUUAUAUAUGUUGGAGAGUUCGAUCUUAUUUGCAACUGGCUUGGGAAUUCACAAUGGGUUCAUGGCAUGAAGUGGUCGGGUCAAAAACAAUUCGGGGCCUCCAAAACAGUUCCUUUUUUGGUUGAUGGUAAAAAUGCAGGAUCAUUGAAUAGCUAUGGACCUCUCUCUUUUCUAAAGGUGAAUGAUGCUGGACAUAUGGUUCCUAUGGAUCAACCAAAAGCUUCACUUCAGAUGUUGGUUAACUGGAUAGGAGGAAACCUGAAUGGAACAAAAAUUUAA